GUCGUUCACGGCCCUGUCGAACCUGCACGUCCUCUUGAACCGAACGUCAAGCCUGGUGUUUACUCCAGGAUAAUCCUGAGGCAGAAGAAGAUUUAAACGAUCUCGCAAAAGGGACCCCGUGUGGCGGGGGUUAACAUCGUCGGGACGGCAGAUGUCAGGAUGCCGGAGCAGAGUAACGACUACCGCGUGGUGGUGUUUGGAGCGGGUGGCGUUGGCAAGAGUUCUCUGGUUCUACGUUUCGUGAAAGGAACCUUUCGCGAGUCCUACAUCCCGACAAUCGAGGACACCUAUAGACAGGUGAUAAGCUGCAACAAAAACAUAUGCACGCUUCAAAUUACGGACACAACGGGGUCUCAUCAGUUUCCCGCGAUGCAGCGGCUUUCUAUUAGCAAAGGUCACGCCUUCAUCCUUGUAUAUUCGGUGUGCUCACGGCAAAGCCUCGAGGAACUACGACCCAUCUGGGCCAUUAUUAGAGAGCUUAAGGGACAGGACAUAUCGCAGAUACCUAUAAUGCUGGUGGGGAACAAAUGCGACGAGAGUCCAUCGGUACGCGAGGUGUCGAUAAGCGAGGGUGCAGCGGAGGCUGCGAAUUGGGGCUGUGGAUUUUUGGAAACGUCGGCGAAGACAAAUCACAACGUGAACGCCCUGUUCCGGGACCUGCUGAUGCUCGAGAAGAACCGGUCCGUUUCGUUGCAACCAGUGCAGAGCAACAACGCGAUCAGCUUGAAGGAGAAAUGCUCUGUGAUGUAACCGACUGAGAGGAGGGAAGCUGGAAUUGCAGAUUGUCGUUGUCGUGGUGUAUACGGUACUUAAGCGAGAUCAAGGCAGAAGACGAGCACUUCUGUACAGAGAGCAUUGUCGUACGUUUUUCGACCUGGCGUGGCAUCGUCCACGGUAGUCUCGACACGACCACAGAGUAUUUCAAGUAGGAUAACUUUGCACGAGCGAAAGGGACGACAGAGAUCUGCGAAUACACGAGUAAGGUGUAUCUUAAUGCUCUGUGAUCGUUCAAGUAAUCUCUUGGAGGAGUUUCCUCCAACGACCGUCAGAUGUAAUCCUCUAAGAGAGCUGUUGUUACAAUGAUUGUGCCAGAGCAUUAGAUCCGCCUUAGUAACAUCUCUUUUUAAUCGAACAACGUACUCUAUACUAUUGAUAGAUUUUUUAAUUUUGAUACAGAGCGACGUUACGUUAGGUUUCACGAGACCAACGACGCACGCGUUCUUCAUUCUGUACCAGUGUUAGCUCGUUAGUCGAGAUUCAUCGUAGGAGGGUAAUCGAGCGUACAAUUUUUCACCAUUCGUUCAGCUAUCUCGAGCUUAUUAGACGAAAGGGACGCGAUCGUUCCGAACGAACGAACCAACACGAUUUCGACGAGCGAUCGUCCCUUUCGUGACCAACGAACAAAGCGGAUGUUUCUUGAAAGAGCGGUCAGUAGAAAAACGCGAUUCGACCACCGCGUGGCUGUUGAUAAGCAACAGAAAACACGUGUGUCUCGCUCUUUCAUGAAAAAUAUUGUCGUGCUUCGAUGUCCGAGACUACUGCGUGGCAAAUUGGGACCGGUGUCGCACAGUUUCUCGGCGAGAAGAGAAAGAGAAAUCGAGGCGAACACGCGAAUGAAUAAACGACAAAAUUAGAUAAAAAGUUGUUACGAUAUUGGUUUUUGUUGAAUAGUUGUAAGGUUUUUGUAACGACGCUAAUUAGGAUUUAUUACUCGACACGUCGGAAGAUACAGAGAGAUACACACACACACACACACGUACAAAUAUAUACGUACAUAUACGCAAGGCUUGCGCGCACACACAUGUUCAUUAGGCACUCGCGUUUCCCCGUGUUGACCCAGAUUUUAGUAUUUCCUUCCUGUAUGUCUUACACACGUAGACCGCGUACGUGGUAGUGUUUUUACGAGGAGACGCUAAUUAAAGGGACUUGCCUCGAAGGGCUCGUUUUUUUUCUCAUUCAUUUUCUUCGCGAAACUGAACUUGAACAACACUAGAGACCAGCAUCGAACGUCGGUCUAACUUUCAAAAUUCACUAAUAAACGCUAAGAGUUUUGAGAAUUGCUAGUCAUUGUAUCUCGUAGAGUUGGAAUGUAAAUAGAGCAGUACUGUACGUAGCUAUAAUUCUCAAAACUUUCAGAGUGUCUUUAUGAUUCAUAUGUUAAUGCUUGCGAGGUACGAGUGGAUAAGAAAGGGUACGUAAUCUGGUCGACAGUCUGUAUUUGCUUCUUCUUCUUCUUCUUCAAAGACAUCAACGAAUUACGGUUCCAGCCAUUUUGUAAACGGUUCAGCUUCGCCACUUUGUCCACUCGCGCCUUCCUGUGAUAGCUUUAAGGGAUGAAAUACCACGGUCGAAGCGCAAUCCCGUCGAUAUUAGGAUUUGAUAGAAAAGUGAUUAGUAUCAUUAUCACCGCCACUACGAACUACCGAUGUUAGCGAUUAUUUUACAGAACGUACGAAGGAAUACAUAUCCUAUGUAACUGUUGAACGUACGAAAAGAUUGUUAGUAAACAGAUACGCGCGUGUACCAUAAACACAGUAUAGUAAUCAAGUUCCCAACAAACGUUCUCCUGCAACUCUGUUUUAAAAGGUAGCUUUAAUUCCUAAACAACCUGAUGCACCCGCGUAUCUGUGUAUGAAUGUAUAUACAUAUUUACAGUUAUAUUUAGAAGCAAGGUUAAAUAGAAGUCUAGUCAAAGGCGAAACUGACCUUAUGGAGUCUACCAUCGGCAAGCUGAAAGAGCAGCGAAAGGGAAAUAAAGCCAUACAUGUACACGCACACUACACACACACUAUUUAGAAAUCGACAAAUCGUAAUUCUCUGAUUUUUUCGGGGCCAAUCGGUGUGAUUUACAUAAAUUGUGAGCUUCUUCUGCGCGAUACUAGGCGGAAUUCUGUUCCUUUCGCGUCUUCGCACAAUUUCACGGGCGUCACUUUGAAUUUAAUCCCUCUGCGAUCACGACCUAAUAGUCUAUAAUCGAAUUUUUGACAACUUUUAUCUGUGCUAUGCCAAAAAGAGAAUUCGAUUUUCUAUCCGCACCGAAAACAGGUGCCCCUUUUUACGAACGUUGGUACUCGUUUUUUAGAUAUUCGCAAAAUAAACGCUUCGUUUUAUACUUAACCGCCGAUCGGUCGUGAUCAUCGAGGGAUUCGUUUCGACGUAUGCUCGCCUGUAAAACCGCUGAAACGAACGUUUCUUUUCUUUCAGUGUGUUCUUGUUAAGAAUCGCACACUUCGUCCUCGUUCGUAUAGGGCGCGCGCCGGCGUCGUUUACGCAUGCGCGACGGUUCGGCGGUGCGCCCCGUGAUUUUUUCAAACUUUUAUUACCCGUCGAAAGCGAAGAAUAUUGAGAGAAUAUUGUACAUCGAGAACAUACGUUUUUUAUCGAGUUACAAAUUAUCACGGCACGCACGACCAUGAGAAAAAAUGAAAAAACAAUUUCGAUGGAUCUCGUACGAUAUUAUGCUUUAUUUUUUAUUAUGUGUCCGAGAACGUCCGGCGUACCUUGAUACUUCAAACCUGGAUCCGGGUUGCUAUUGCUCCAGGACGAAAAGGCAGAAUUAAAAAAUGAUUAGGUGAAUGGUAUUUACGUACUAUAGAAAUUGAUAGACACAAUUAGAGCGCUUGAUCGAUUCCGUAACAGUAUAGAAUCUUUUUUGUAAAUACUAUGAUAAAAGAAGUAUACUAUCGAGACAGUGCGUUUCAAAUAGAUUCUCAAAAUUUCAAGAGAAUCGUUAUUAAUGUUAAUCAUAUCUAUUAAAGAAUAUAAUAAAUACAAUUAUACAAUAAGUAAUAAAAAAAAAGAAAGUAAAAAGCGUAGGUAAGAAAGGUGGAGGGGGUAAGCAACUUAAUUGCUAACAAAAUAUUCAGAGUUCGAUUCCCCCCUAUGGGGGCGCAGUUUUUUCUUCUAAUCACGUUUUCUCUUCCUAGCGUAAUCAAUUAAAGAAAGUUUUAAUAUUUCCGUUUUUAAUUAACAUCUUGAAGCGUGUUAAUUUCGUCCUCGGGCAAAAACGGCUUCCGGAUCGGAUGAAGCGGUCGUUCGUGCCAAAUUAAAAAGAUACGUUAUCCGUUAUUUAUGGGAGUUUUACUUAGGCUUAAGCUUGUUGUUAAGUGAUGAUGGAUUUUAAAAGACAACAAAACAGAAACACACUUCUGUCGAUCGGGCCCGUGUCGGUUUGUGAUCGAGGAAUGUUAAAGAAACUACUGUGAAAAAAAUAAGGCUUGCCCACCUCGCUUCCUGCAAAAAUCCAGUGUAUAAAAAGAAGUUUUAUUAACAAUUAAGCGAACAAACAAAAGAUAUUGAAAUACGAACGUGCAAAGGUGGGAAUAUUGAAAAUAUGAGGGAAGUUUCCUGGGGGAAAAAUAAUUACAAUGAAAAGCUAAAUCAUAUCAUAUCAUAAUACCAUAUCCAAAUCGACUCAGGUACAAAUGUACAGAAUAAUAAAAAUAAUGAAGAUGUUAUUGAAAACUAACAACGAACUCGAUCACAAUUCCCAUGGCUACCGAUGAACUUGAAAAGUUAAAAGAAAAAAAGGUUUAAUUCCCGCCUUUGGAUCGAUCGUUUGUCGAAGAAAACGAAGGAAUCACAUAUCAUGGCUGCGCGUUCCACUGUGUAUACAAAGCAGGAAUGCGUUUAGAAUGGCACAAAGAAUGUUUAAAUAUUUAGAGAAAAUGAAACAGAGUCCGAUAUCGAAAAUGGGUUCUCGUUCAUUAUUAUCCACACUCAAAUCGUUAACCGGCUACGAAUCUGUACUCGUGAAGAUAAAAAAAAAGAUAAACUGCGAAUUAUACAAUCGAA